AUGGGAAAGGGUAGGAAAAGACCCCAAGACGAGGAUUCCUCUUCCUCCUCCAAAAUUGAACCUAACAAUAAGCACUACCGCCGCCACGGCAACCACUCUCCGUCAUCCGCAGUGAGUAAUUUUGGCCCCCAGCCACAUCACAAUUCUCAUCAACAAAUAAUGGCUAAGAGAUCAAAAUUCAUCUCAUACCUUGAAGUUCCCUCUUUGACCCCCAAGGUGAAAAUCCUUUGUGAAAUCAUAGCUAACACUCCCUCUGCGAGUGUGGAGAAGUUGCUUGAAGAUACUGGCGUACGGGUAUCUCAAGAAGAUGUAGAGGAGGUACUCAAGCUGUCGUAUGGGUUCCCGGGCCCAGCAGUGAAGUUCUUUCGAUGGUCCGGGUUCCUGUUGAAUGAUAAGCAUAGUCCGUAUGCUUGGAACUUGGUUGUCGAUUUGCUGGGCAAGAAUGGCCUGUUUGAUGCAAUGUGGGAUGCUAUCAAGUCCAUGAGGAAAGAAGGGUUGCUGUCAUUGGCUACCUUUGCUUCUGUUUUUAGUAGUUAUGUGGUAGGGAAUCGUGUGCAGGAGGCAAUAAUGACAUUUGAGGUAAUCGAUCAGUAUGGUGUGCCAAGGGAUGUUGUAGCGUUGAAUUCACUGCUGAGUGCAAUUUGCAGGGAGGGAAAGACUCCAGAGGCAAAGGAUUAUUUGGUUAUUGCAAAGAAUACGAUUAGGGUGGACGCAGAUUCAUAUGCAAUUUUGUUGGAAGGGUUGGAAAAUGAGGGUGAUGUGGCUAGAGCUAGGCAGACUUUUUCGGAGAUGGUGGCUGACAUCGGCUGGGAUCCGAGGAAUGUGCCUGCGUAUGAAUCAUUCUUGAGUACUCUUCUCAAGGGUCCUGAAGAUGCAAAAGGCUGA